GCCCAGGCCGAACUAGGAGGAGGAAGUGCCGCCGCGGGUGUAGGAAGGAGGGCUGACGAAGUUCAUUGUUAAGCUGACAACAAUUCAAAUGGAUUUGGAGGUUAAAGGAGUCGCUGCAUCUCCAAGAAGGCCUCUGUCAUCAAGAAAAAAUAAACUUGCUCAAGGCUGCAGGCCACAUACAACAUCAAGUCAUGGUCCUCGACCAGCAGAAGUUCCAUGCCUUGAUUUGGGAAAAUUGGGAGAUUCAGAGGAUGAGGAUGGAGAUACCUACAUACCGUACAGCAUUGGUCAUCCUCAUGUUGGUCCUCUAUAUUCAUCUUCAACUAUUAGCUGGGGUACUCCAUUACAAAGUCCUUAUGCACAGCAUCAUAAUAUUAAUAUUCAUCAGUCAGCAAGAAAACCUAGUCUGAAGAAAACCGAGCUUACUUUGUGGGAGCAAAAGACAGUACCAGAAAAUCUGCCAGCCCCAGCAGAUAUAUACAAACUGAAGUAUCAGCAGUAUGAGGCAGAAAUGAAAGAGGGAUAUAAACAGUAUUCUCAAAGAGGUGCGGAAAAGAAAACCAACAGUCAAUCCAGUGAAGCUCCUGGAAAAAUAGUUAAGAAAAAGGAUUUACAGCCUGAAAACCAAAGAGAAGAUGAAAACCAAAGAGAUGAUGAAUUGACGGUUCUUGAUGAGAAAGCCCUUCUUCAGCAGUGUUACACAAGCAAACCCUACUCAAUUCAGCACAGCAUAAGAAAAUUAGAAGCUGAAGAUGUAGCAGCGGAGAGAAAAAAACAAAUAGUAGUGGAACAAGUGAUGAUUGAUCAAUUAUCUAGAGCUGUGAUAAGUGAUCCAGAGCAAAAUGGAAAUUCUGAUAUUUGUGAGAAGGAUCCUAUUCUUCCAGGAUUAAGAACAGCACCUCUCCGCUUUAGAAAAAGAACAUUGCAUGAAACAAAAAUAAAGACUAGGUCGACGUUAACUGAAAACAUGCUUUCCAACAAAUUACGCUUUGAUGGCAGGUUAAUUUCAAGAAAUGGACGUGAUGCUUGUCGAGAACUGAUUGGAUUUUUCUUUGUAUGUGACAAAUCUCUAACUGUAUAUGAAUAUCGACAAUUUGGUAAAAAUAGGACAAAUGCUCUACCUUUCAUUCAGAAGGGAGUUUAUAGUUAUCAACAUGGACCAAGAAAAGGAAAAAAAUACUGUCUCAGUUGCUUCUAUGUUGGAGCAGACUUAACUUUUUUGAGCUCUCAUCAUCCUGGCCUUCCAGAAAGUAUGAAGCAGAAACCAGUAUUUACAAUCCGUGUCACAAAUAUUGAUGAAACUGCUAGAUCUUUUCUAAAGACUUUUGAUGUGGAAAAUGAGGAACAUCCGAUCAAACAGGAAGGUGAUGGCAAGAGUAUUUUUAGGAGAGUUCAAGAUAGGCUGAGAGGGAAAUUAAGUAAAAGAGGAGUUCGUAUUGUUACAGGAUUAGGAAAAUACUUCCAGGAACUGGACAAGAAACACAAUGGAGUUCUUACAAAAGCAGACUUCAAGCAAGCACUGAAGGUGUUCCAUUUAGAAGUGCCUGAAGAGGAUUUUGAGUCUUUGUGGUUAAUACUUGAUGACAGCAGUAAUAAUGAAAUUGAUUAUAUGGACUUUACUCGUGCCAUUCUUGGAGAAAUGAAUGAAUAUAGGAAAGCAUUUGUCAGAAAAGCUUAUAUGAAGCUGGACUACAACAAAACUGGCAGUGUGCCUAUGGUAGAUAUCAAGAAAUGUUAUUGCGCUAGGAAACAUCCUCAAGUCGUAGCAGGUAAUGCAACCGAGGAAGAAAUUAAAUCUUCAUUUCUAGAAACACUUGAGGAUGCCUGCAGCAAUCCCAAUGAAGUUUUAUUCUGUGAAUUUGAGGGUUAUUAUGAAGGAUUAAGUAUUGGAAUUAUGGAUGAUGAAGAUUUUGUUAACACGCUAAAGAAUCCCUGGGGAAUUUAGAAGCAAAUAAUAUAAAGGUAUUGAUGUAAAGAAGUAGGAUGAAAAACUAACAGCAGAAUUUUAAAAUUUUAAAAAGAAUUUAAUAAAUCGGGCUGAAUGGUUUGAAAAUACUUGAGUAAAUGUUUAAAAUUGUUUACCCAUCUUAUAUAUUUCUUGAGUAAACAGUGCUUUCAUAUUGUAUAAGCUGUGUUUACUCAGUGAAUAUUUUCAUGCCUCUCAAAUUGCUAGUAAGAUUACAUCCUAUAUAAUGAAAUAAUGCAUGUUUCUUAAAUAAUUAAUUUGUGGAACUGAGUAAAAGUAUAUGAACAAGAGCAAGUACGGGUGUGUUGUAUCAAGGGUAUAAUUGAUACAGUUGAAUGUUUUUAAAGUGAUAGUACACAUUGAUUGCUAUGACUUUUAUUUAAAAUGGCUAUUUCUAGCAAAUCUGCAUAGAUUUGGAAGUAGCUUUAAUGGAUUUGUUAAUCUCACCGUUCCCAUGCUCAGCUAAGCUGAUACUACUGGAAUUCCCUACCUAUCCACACCACAAAAUGGUAUCUCUGUAUCUUUAAGUGAUUCUUUCCAGAUUUCCUAUGUUUUUGCUUUAGUAUAAACUUAGAGCCUAGAAAGGUGUUUGUAGAUAUGCUUUUAGGCAUUUUAAAAGCGGCUUUGUUGUCUGAGCUCAGACAAAUAUGACUAAAUUGAGGAGCAUCUUACAACAGUAGCUGGAGUGUGGGUAAUCUGGCCACUGCAGUUCAUAUGUACCGGUAGUUAAGAGCAAUUUGCAUUCCCCAUUUUGAUUUUUUAAUAAUGCAACAUUGGAUCAUUUUAAUUCAUCCAGAUACUCUCUAGAUUUUUAGAGCAUACUGGAGUUUUUUGUUGUUUUUGUUUUUGUUGUUUUUGCAAAAGUGAGUUCAACUUUGAACAUUAUACCUUUUUUAAAUGAUAAAUUUUGAUUUAAACACACACACACUCACACACACUUGUCCUUGCUGUCUCUAGAAUUCAUCUUAUAUCUUAGUUAAUAAUCUACUUGAGUAUGUGGUUUGCAUUUAUUUAAUUGCUAUGAUCCAUCAUUGUUUUGGCUUUUUUAAAAAAGCAAAACUAAUAUAAAGAAUUGCUUAAUUCAUCUUGAAAAAGCAAUUUAAACUUUCAUUCAGCCUAGUCUGCACAUAUUCCUUAAUGCUGCUAA